AUGCGGCCUCGCCGCCUACCCCGCGGCCCGCGCGCCGCCCUCUCCCGGCCCCGAUCCGCCGCUCUGCGGCCUCGGCGCCUACCCUGCGGCUUAGCCGCCUAUCUGCGGUCCCGCCGCCCUUACGUGUGGCCCCGCCUCCUACCUGCGGCCCCGCCACCUACUUGUGGCCCCGUCGCCUGCCUGCGGCCCCGCCCUUAUCUGUGGCCCCGCCACCUACCAGCGGCCCCGCCCUUACCUGCGGCCCCGCCGCCCUCAACUACGGCCCCGUCGCCCUUACCUGCGGCCCCGUCGCCUGCCUGCGGCCCCGCCAUUACCUGCGGCCCCGCCACCUACCGGCGGCCCCGCCAUUACCUGCGGCCCCGCUUCCCUCAACUGCGGCCUCGCCGCCCUCACCUGCGGCCCCGCCGCCCUUACCUGUGGCCCCGCCGCCCUCACUUGCGGCCCCGCCGCCCUUACCUACAGCCCCGUUGCCUGCUGCAGCGCCGCCCGCCACCCGAGCCGCUCGAGCCGCCUCACCCAGCCGAGCAGCCGACCGCCGCGCCGCCCUGCAGCAGCACAGCCGAGCCGCCCAGCAGCCGAGCAGCCGGGCAGCCGAGCCGCCGAGCCGCCCAGCAGGCGAGCAGCCGAGCCGCCGAGCCGCCCUGCAGCCGAGCCGCCCAGCAGCCGAGCCGCCAUGCAGCCGAGCCGCCGAGCCGCCCUGCAGCCGAGUCGCCCAGCAUCCGAGCCGCCGAGCCGCCGAGCCGCCCUGCAGCCGAGCCGCCCAGCCGCCUGGCAGCCGAGCCGCCGUGCAACCGAGCCGCCCUACAGCCAAGCCGCGUGCACCGCCGAGCCGUCCUUGUCCUCGCUUUUGACGCUGAGGGUCGGGCCAUUGACUUUGACGUCUGGAUAGAUGACCUGCAGCUGUUCUUGUGCGAUAGGGUGGACAGUCUCUCCCUCUUUGACCUCACCUCUGGCGCCUCUCCUGCCCCUGCUGCUGAUGCUGUCGCCACUGCCCUCCUAACGGCGGAGAAGAGAAUAGUCACUGUAGGAGCCUCUCGUGGUGACCCCCGCACCCCUGUCUUUGAGGGGUGUUCUCCCUCCCCCCUCUUGCCCUCUGUUGCAUCUGCUGCUGCGGCCGACCUCGUUGGUUUUGAGUCGGUCGGUCCUGCGUCUGCCCCUUCAGGGAAGCGCCGCACAGGCAAGGGCAAGGGGGGCAAGGGCGCUGGAGGAGCUGGCGGGGGCGGUGGAGGCGGCGGUGGAGGCGGCGGAGGGAGUGGGGGUGGUGGCGGGAGUGGUGGAGGGGAUGGGGGUACCAGUGGCAGCAGUGGAGGCGGAGGCGGCGGCAAUGGUGGAGGGAGCGGAGGCGGCGGUGGUGGCGGAGGCGGCGGCGGUGGUGGAGGCGGCAGAGGCGGCGGAGGCGGCGGAGGUGGCGGUGGAGCUGGUCGCGGGUCUACGCAGAGGAGUGGCUCCUGUGGUGGUCCGCACCAGCAGCAGCAGCGCGGUCGUGAGACCCUGUCCCCUCAGCAACUCCGUGAGUGGUACACUGCGCGCUAG